AAUAGACUAAAUAGUCAGAUAAAUUGCUUGCCAUCCCUCCCUCUUCAGACAUGCUCAGAGGGAGAUUGGUGGCUUUAGCCAUAGAAUUAUAGCCCAGAUUGCCAAGUUGCUGCCUCUCUUUACUCAAAGAAAGAGAUAUACAAGAGAGAGAGAGAGAGAGAGAGAGAGAGAGAGAGAGAGAGAGAGAGAGAGAGAGAUGGCAUAUAUCCUGUCUUCUUAAUGCUCGAUUGCCCAUCACACUUCGUCUCUUUCUACGGUAUAUUAUUUCACCUACCUUAUCAGUGGAAGAGGUCGAUCUGUACAGAGAAAGAAGAAGAGUUGUUGGUAGAAAGAGAAUGAAGAUCCAGUGCGACGUCUGUGACAAAGAACAGGCCAAUGUAUUCUGUCCUGCCGAUGAAGCCGCUCUUUGCGAUGGCUGUGAUCACAGCAUCCACCACGCAAACAAGCUCGCCAGCCAACACACACGCUUCUCUUUGCGCCAUCCAUCCUUCAAAGAAGCCCCUCUCUGCGAUAUCUGUCAGGAGAGGCGAGCCUUUGUUUUCUGCAAAGAAGAUAGAGCCAUAUUUUGUGGAGAAUGUGAUGUUCCAAUCCACAAAGCCAAUGAACAUACCCAGAAACACAACAGGUUUCUUCUCACAGGUGUUAAGCUCCAUGCUUCUUCUUCUUCUUCUUCUUCUUCUUCUUCUUCUUCUUUGUACCCAGCUUCAUCAUCCUCUAAUGGCUGUGAUGUAAAGAUCGAUAGUACUGAGAUUAGAAGCUCCCGUCCAUCAAUAAAGAGACCAAAAACACAUCCUAAGGAAGUAAUAACACCAACUUACACGGUUGAAGAAAAUCGGAUUAGCGAUACGGUUUCUAUUUCAACCAGCAGCAUAUCAGAGUAUUUGAUGGAAACAUUGCCGGGUUGGGGCGUUGAAGACUUUCUUGAGCCUUCAAUUGCUACCAAUGGUUUCUGUAAGACCUAUGAUCAUUCUCUCCCAUUUGUGGAUGACCAAGAUCUUGAAAGAAGCAUGAGUUCUUUUUCAGCAGAAGAUUUGGCAAUCUGGGUUCCUCAAGUUUCACCUGAUCAACCCCCUGUAUUUCCUCUGUGUCUUACCCAGACUCAUUUUCUGAAUGGAUUUAACGAAUCAUCAGCAGAGGCAGCUAAUGUGAAAAUGAACAGCCGGAAAUGGAGUGAUGACGGUUUUACAGUGCCUCAAAUCAGCCCUCCAUCUCUCAAGAAAUCCAGACAUUUUGGGUAGAAUUUUGCAUUAGAAGUUUCUUUUAGCCAAUUCUUGUUCAAUCUGUUUGUGCUCUGUAUAUCACCCAUUUUGUGUGUUUUUUUGUUAAUGGUUUUGCUGUUCUUCCCUUGGAUUGUGUUUUUAAUGAUGUGAAUAAAAGUAUUUUCAUCA